AUGUCCCCGCCGCGUGCUCGCUGGAUCAACGGUAGAAAACCUGUUUGCCAAGUCCCCUCGGAGACGAUAGUUCUCCAGGAGAAAGAGAUCAAGCAUCGCGAGACGCGUUUUGUAGUCGACGGAUUUGAGGCCGGUAACCAUUCUCGCAGCGGCUUGCUAGACACGCUCAAUGAGGGUGACGUCUUUCACAACUUGUUUGGCGUACUCCAGGAGCGGUCUGACGUAGGCCCCAUAGAGUAUUUGGAAGGCCAUGCGAGUAAUACGGGAGAAGACAACUUGUUUGGCGUACUCCAGGAGCGGUCUGACGUAGGCCCCAUAGAGUAUUUGGAAGGCCAUGCGAGUAAUACGGGAGAAGGUACGGCGUAUCGUCCGUAA